AUAACUUUACUCUCUCCCUCUCUCUGUUGUCACUCUUCCCAACCAACCCGAACCGCCCCUCCUCCCAGGCGGCCGCAGGGGGCAGCAACGGUUACUCCAGACACCGGAAAACAGCAGCAACUAGCAACAACAGCAGCCAACGGCACGACGGUGGUGCCAGCAACCUUCAUCGUCUCCAAUCUCCCUCGCAGGGCUCAUACCAACCUACAAUGUUGAUGGAAAGCCCAGAUAAAAGCUCUUCUUCUUAUCAAUUACAAAGCCCUGGGUGGAGUUCUUCAACGCUGCCUCCAUCAGUAACGCGGCUGUGGAGACCAGCUACUCAGCGAAACCUGAGAAACCAAUGGUCAAAGUUGGCCUCUUACAGGUUACAAUGGGUCUCUUCCUCUUCUACUGGAAGAUCACAUGCUACUUCUCUUGUUAACACUUAUCUCUCGCUAAGAUACAUACCUUCAAUGGAGCUUGGUGUUUUAAGCGACAUGCUUGAUCUUCGAAAGAAAGCUAGUUCAAAGUUGCUUAAACAGCUGGAGCUUUAUAGGAGCAAACUCUUGUCAUCUUACAGGGAUUUGGUUGCUGUUGUAACUUACAUGGUCAACACUAGUAGAUCUAUGAGAUGUUAUGUCAAAGGGACAAGCAGCAGUCCACUUGUACAAUUUUCAUGUAGUUCUGAGGAUAAAAAUGAUGCUGGUGAUGGUGGCGGGAUCCCAGUUUUUGCAUUUUGGUCAAUCUCUUCUUUUGAGCAGUUAGCAGAUGAGCUUGUUCUAAUGUUUAUAUCUGAAUUAAGUUUAAAGCGCUUGCUUGUUGUGGAGUUAUUCACCAUUAGUUGUGAAGCUCUGGAAGUUAAUGAGUUUUGUUGGUUAAAUGAGCUUUAUCCUGGAGAAUUUGAUGAUUUGAGAAAAUGCAACUUGUUUUCCGAGGAUACUUGCGGACCAGUCCCUCCAAGACUGAUGGAAGGGAAAUAUGAUAUGCCUCCCUUAAAAUUUAAUAGUCAACCAAACCAUGAGAAUUUGCAGGUUUAUCUAACAACAUGGCUUGAAGAGCUGAACAUAGACACCCAUAGGGUCGAUGAAAUGUUUGCAAUUCUUGAGGAGGAAAUGCAUGUUCGUCUUUCAUAGUCUCAUUUCCUAGUAAAAGAACCAUAAUGAAAUGACAUCAUUUACCUAUCCUCUGAACCGUCUGGACCAAAGUUUUGAGUCUCUUAAGAAGGCAACUGUUGCAGCCACACAAGGAUUUGCAAAAUACAUGAAGCUGAACUUUAGCCAAGGUAACAGGCUACAGGAGCAGGAAAAUAGUUACUUACCUAAGGAGACAUCAACUGCCCCAUUAAUCCUGUUGUUGCCACGUUAUUAGGAACUUCCCAAGGCGCAUCUGCGAUGAUCUCAUGAGGUGGUUGUGCUACAAGAAGAAUGCUAAAGUCAAGUGCUUUGAGAGGGCCAUAGAUGGCAAGGACAGCCUUGAUGUGGUGAAUAUAUCGGUACCAAAUUUAUGGUUUUUAAGAAAGAUUGUUGAGUAUAUUUAUUUAUUCUAGAAGCCUGCCGCCUGCCGCCUGCCGCCUGCCUGCCAUGUUCAUUAUAGUUGUCUUUUAUAUGUGUGCUCAUUGGCUAAGCUGUCUGUUAUAUCAAAGUUGUGUUGAUCUUUUGGCAAAAUAUAAGAUUAGGUCCGAUCCGAAGCAAGCCUGAAUAAUAUAAUUUCAAGUUUGGUUAGUGAAA